GUCUAGCCAUCAGUCAAGGUGGAGGCACACGAACUUAAACUAUUUUCUUAUUCUAUUUCGGAAACCCCUUUCAUAUAUUUAAAGUAUUAUUACCAGUCCAGAUUCAUAGUUGUCUAAAAGUAAUUAAAGUACAUAUACAAAAGUGGCGACGAGGAAAACGGGAGCUCAAACAAAAUCUGUUGGAUUUAAAGAGUGAGCAAGCUUCUUAUUUUCUUCUUUGCUCCGAGCUACCAGUUUCUCGGCACCACUGGAAUCGAAUCGGUUUAAGUUUAAUCUCCAUCUCAUAAAACGCUUACGUUUGAAAAGUGAGAGUCACCCGCAGGAGAGAAAUUGGUGAGUGUUCUCAUCCUCAUCACCGAGCAAUAAAAAAGCUCCGAGAAAAUAACCGGUGAGAGAGCACGAAAACUGACAGCCGGUGUUGGUGAGAAGUGAACCAGAAAAUCAUUUCUGAUUGACUGCGGUGAGAAGCGGUUCGGUGGAAAGUACACUUGUGCAGAUUCGGUACGAUUGUGGAUUGCGACAAUUAAGACGAUAAUUGGUUUGCUUGAUGACAAGUACUGGUGUGGUACAGUUUUAUUCUGCAUCGGAGGAUUGCUGUUUGUUGCUGCUGUGCAUUUAGUUGUGGAUGAAGUGGUCCGGUACGGACUGUUGUUGAAUUGCGGUGCUCCGAAUUUGGUUGUUGCUGGAAAGGUCUGGGACAGACUGCUGCUGCUGUUUGCUGUUGUUGUUGCCUGCUGUUGUUGCUACUAUCGGUUCACGUUGCUGCUGUUGUGGUCUGGUACGGGCUGCAGGGCAGGAGACAGGACACGAAGCAGAUUUAACUUUCAAAUCAUAUCAACCAAUAUUUCGUCGUGCAUACGAAGUUCCUUACAAAAUUAGAGAUAAAUUUAAUUCACAUUUGGAUAUGUUGGAAGAGCAAGGGGUGAUUACUCCCGUAGGCGCCAGCGAGUGGGCGUCACCAGUGAUUGCGGUUAUAAAAAAAGAUGGUAACAUAAGAAUGAUUGCGUUGGGGAGGCACGUAACUACAGCGCAUAGGCAUCAGCUGAAAAUGGCCUACAAACCGAGGAGAAUGAGUCGGCUGUUUCUACCAAGUUCUGACAAUCAGAAUGACAACAAAAAGCGAAGGCGAGAUUCUUGCGACGAGGAACCAGCAUUCCGAGGCUUUCCGGAUGGACGAUUUGUGCAUGACGCGGGGGCCCCGACCACAGAUCGACGGUUUGUUCACGAAAGGAGCCCGAUCGUGACGAGGUCCAGGAAAACAAGACUCAUUGAUUAAACCUGCAAUCGAAAAGUUGUACUCGAAAGUAUUUCGAGUGUUCGAAACUAUAUUCAAAUAUUCAGCAUGUUAUGCUUUCAAGUUUUGUAUUAUCAUGAUUAAAAUUCCUGUAAGAAUUUUCUAAAAAAGGGAGAACUUUAGUAUCCCUAUACUUACCCAAUUGUACAUAAAUAAUUAUAAGCGUGAAUCAUCUCGAGAGAGAACUCGAAGGAGAAUGAAAAGAAUAAACGAUCAUUGAAGAUCAGUCUAAGUCUAGCCAUCAGUCAAGGUGGAGGCACACGAACUUAAACUAUUUUCUUAUUCUAUUUCGGAAACCCCUUUCAUAUAUUUAAAGUAUUAUUACCAGUCCAGAUUCAUAGUUGUCUAAAAGUAAUUAAAGUACAUAUACAAAAGAUUUCAUUCAUAGAAUCUUCCAACUCGAUGGAUGCAAUCACGUAAUCCUCAUUUGGCCGAGUGUGCUUGUGUAAUCAGCCUGGAGAGAAUAUCGGCAUACCCGAAGCUAUCUGUAUUGAUGUACGUGAUGCUGAAAUCAUACAAGAGUAAGAGUAUAUCAGCAAAACGGUGGCAAACAGCAAGAAAUAAAAAAAAGGUAUUAAAAAAUCCGCCACUGCCAUCCAACGACGAGGACGACGAUAUGGGUCUACUGAGCGAGGGAAGUCCACUGAGCUGGGACGAGACGAAGGCCCUGGCUCAACAUGUCCGCGAGCACGGCAUCGAGCAGUUUAUCAACCUAUAUACCCGCCUCAAGGACCGCCAGGGGGACAUGCUGAAGUGGGGCGACGAGGUCGAGUACAUCAUCGUGCGCUUCGACGAUGCAAAUCGGGCGACGCAGGUGUCGCUCCGGGCCCGGGACAUACUGGCCGUGCUCAACGAGAAGGAAGCCGCUGAUCCUAAUGGAGUGAAAUCUCUAUGGCGCCCGGAAUAUGGAGCCUACAUGAUCGAAGGCACUCCGGGAAAACCGUACGGUGGCCUAUUGGCCCAUUUCAAUGUGAUCGAGGCUAACAUGCGAUACCGGAGGAUGGAGGUAACGGAAAUGUUACCGGCUGGGGAACGUGUCAUGUCGAUAACCAAUUUCCCCCGGCUAGGAUGUCCGAAUUUUACUUACCCUUCGGCCAAGCCAACACCCGAAGAUGAGACGUGUGCUGCGCGGUCCCUGUUUUUCCCCGAUGACGCAAUCUUUCCGAGUCAUCCUCGCUUUAAAACACUCACCCGGAACAUUCGCCAAAGAAGGGGUGAGAAGGUUUCCAUCAAUCUACCCAUUUUCCGAGACAAGAACACCGUCAUUCCGGUGGAGGGUAGCCUGCCGGACAAGCCAGACUUUGUUCACAUGGACGCCAUGGGUUUCGGAGCGGGGUGCUGCUGUCUGCAGUUGACCUUCCAGGCGUGUAACAUCAACGAGGCACGUACCCUGUACGAUCAGCUGACUCCGAUGUGUCCGAUCAUGUUGGCCCUGACGGCAGCCAGCCCGGCCUAUCGCGGCUACCUGACCGAUGUGGACUGUCGAUGGAACGUGAUUUCGGCCUCGGUCGAUUGUCGCACCAAGGAGGAGCGGGGCGAAGCUCCCCUGAAAAAUGAUCGCUUCCGGAUCUACAAAUCGCGCUAUGAUUCGAUCGAUUCGUACCUCUCCCCGGCAGGCGAUAAAUACAACGAUGUGCCUUUGGUAAUGGAUGAAGCGCUGUAUAAAAAACUUCGCGAGGGAGACAUCGAUCAUCUGCUGGCGCAACACAUUGCCCAUCUCUUCAUCCGCGACUCCGUGUCCCUGUUCAGCGAGAAAGUUCAUCAGAACGACAAGGAAGAUACGGACCACUUCGAGAACAUUCAAUCGACCAACUGGCAAACGAUGCGCUUCAAGCCUCCGCCGCCGAAUUCGUCGAUCGGAUGGCGUGUCGAGUUCCGACCGUGCGAGGCUCAGCUUACCGAUUUCGAGAAUGCUGCCAUCGUCUGUUUUGUGGUCCUGCUGACCCGAGUAAUUCUCUCGUAUCAGCUAGACUUCCUCAUUCCGAUCAGCAAAGUGAACGAAAACAUGCAAACAUCCCAGAAGCGUGGUGCGGUGCUGUCGGAAAAGUUUUGGUUCAAGAAGAAUAUCAAUGGACAACGAUCGAGCAGCAACAGUGGCCAACAGAGCAGUGGUUUGAAUAAUCAGGACAACAAAUCGCAAUCCGAACCCGGCGAAGAAGAGGAAUACGCCCUGAUGACCAUCGAUCAGAUCAUCAACGGGAAGGGAUGCUUCCCGGGGUUGGUCCCGCUGAUCAACAGCUACCUCGGAUCGAUGGAUGUCGAUGCGGAUACACACUGCACCAUCCAACAGUACCUUAAACUGAUCCAGAAGCGCGCCUCCGGGGAGCUUCUUACAACGGCCUCGUGGAUCAGAAAAGAAAUCACCGAACAUCCCGAGUACAAACAAGAUUCAGUGGUGAGCGAAGGCAUCUGUUACGAUCUACUCAAGAAUGCGCGUGACAUUCAGGACGGCAUCCGACCCUGCCCGGAGCUGCUCGGCAAUAACAUCAACUCCAAAACGACGGAUAACAUUCCGCCGGCCAUCGAUCUAUAAAUAGGUUCAUUCCGAGCGUAGUUCUGGAUACGGUUUGUUAGCUGAAACGGCCUUAUGCUGCGCACACUGCUACGUCCUUCGUUAGCUGAGAUUUGUGACAACAAAUACGGUGAAAAAUAUUUUACAGUGUUUAGAUCUUUAAAAAACAACACGUCGAUUGAUUUCCUACGAUUUUCCAGUGCAUCCAAUCCUACCAACAUCAGGGAAACAAAUCGAACCGAUCUGAUAAUGAUAACUGGUUAAUCACUUGUGUAACACAUAGCGAUAAAUUUUAAAAACUGAUGACUUCUCAUCCCUUUCCAAUGCCGAUCAGGAUAACUCGUUCGAACUU